UGACCUUAUUUCCGCACUUGAAACGCAUGGAGUAGGAAAAGGCUUGAAAAAAAACCGCCCAAUCAUGAGAUGCCACUGGGUUGCUUUUUCCUUAUACUUUAAUUUGCUGCCAACAGUGUGGUGUGAGCCAGUCAUCUCCCCCGGCGGGCCUCAUGUUGUAGUUCCCAAGAGGGGGAAGCUGGAGCUGCGUUGCUAUGACAAUGCUACAACGCCUGGCGUCCCAUCCAGCCUGAGGUGGCAGCGGGAGAGGGCUCGCAGGCUGGAAGGAGAGGUGGAGGAGGGCGGAGUAGCUUAUGUUAGAGUGUCAGCAGUGCAGGCCUACCACAUGGGCCGCUACGUGUGCAUAAACAACAGCACGCUGGAACACAGCUCCAUCUAUGUCUAUGUGAAAGACCCCCAGAAUGCCUUCCAACGCACCAUGGUGAACAACAUCCUAGUGCGUGCAGGCGAGAACUGCACCAUCCCUUGUCUCGUGACCGACCCGGAGGUCAACCUCUUGGCUUUGGAGACAUGUAAGGGACAACCGUUGCCUUCUGGAAUGAGCUACUACAGCAACCUUCAGCGAGGCAUCGUUAUCAUGGAUAUUAGAAAGGAAUACGAGGGCUGUUACAUUUGUGUGGGGCAGCUCAGGGGACUCACAGUGACAUCAAGCCAAUACACAGUGGAUGUACGACUUGUGCCAGAGGUGACUCCUGUGGUAAUGCUAUCCCAGAAAGACACCGUCAUCCUGAAGAAAGGAGAGCAGUUUGAGAUUACCUGCAGCUCCACAAACAUCAACCCGGAUUUUAAUGUCAAGUGGGAUUUCCCUUCAACAGCGCGUCCUGUUGAAUCACACACCUCACACAUCCUAUCUGGUUCUCGUGGUUAUCAGCGCACCACCUCACUCCUGAUCGCAGCCGUCAACAAAUCAGACUCGGGAACUUACCGCUGCCAUGCCCACAAUGAGAGAGGCACAAGCUUCACAUCGCUGAAGCUGGAUAUUCGUGAGCUGGGCUUCAUCAACAUGCUGGGAGACCCCAGUCCAGUCCAAGCUGACGUGAAGGAGGGUGAGAGCUUGAGUCUCAGAGUUGAGUUUGAUUCCUAUCCAGCCCCACGCUCUCUGUCCUGGUCUUACAACAACAAAAUGCUCCUCAACACUACUGAACAUGUUAUCACCAUCCACCGCCGCAAGUACAGAUACAUCAGCGAGCUCAGACUAGUGAGGGUCCUUGGCAAAGAGGGCGGGAUCUACAAGUUCAAAGCCUUUCAUGAGGAUGCAUUUGUGGAACAUUCAUUUCAUGUGUAUGUCAACAGUAAACCGGUUAUCGUUGCCCAGGAAGGGCCUGUAGAUGGACAGGUGCGGUGCAUCGCAGCUGGUUACCCUGUUCCUAAAAUCAGCUGGUAUUUCUGUGAGCUGCCUCACUCAAGGUGCUCACAUCUGCCAAAUGCCACCCAAUGGGAGACUCCUGAGGUGACCAUUGUGACUGAAUCCACUUUUGGCAGAAGUGAGGUGGAGAGCCGACUGAACGUGACCAAGGAGCAUGCACGCUAUCACACUCUGGAGUGUGUAGCGAGUGCAGAAGGGGAAGAGGCCUAUACACUGUUCUCCAUCAGUGAACGCCUUGUCCCUCACAAACUCUUCACUCCUCUUCUCACUGGCAUGGUGGCCACUGGCAUCCUGCUCAGCUUCACUCUGGUGGUGCUGCUCUAUAAAUACAUGCAGAAACCAAAGUUCCAAAUCCAGUGGAAGGUGAUUGAUAGUAUCCAUGGCAACAACUACAUAUAUAUUGACCCCACACAGCUGCCGUAUGACUCAAAAUGGGAGUUUCCUCGACAAAAGCUGCGCUUUGGUAAAACUCUGGGUUCUGGUGCUUUUGGAAAAGUAGUGAGGGCCACGGCAUAUGGUCUCUGCUCUGCAGAUACAGUUACGACCGUAGCUGUCAAGAUGCUCAAACCCAACGCUCAUUCCACGGAGAAGGAAGCACUCAUGUCAGAGCUGAAGGUGCUCAGUUACCUGGGAAACCAUGUAAACAUCGUUAACCUGCUGGGGGCCUGCACUGUCGGAGGCCCAGUUUUGGUGAUCACUGAGUACUGUUGCUAUGGAGAUCUCCUCAACUUCCUGCGCAGAAAGAGAGAGUCUUUUCUAAACUCCCAGGUUGGUGAUGGUUACUAUCGCAACGUCUCGAACCAAGCUGAGCCUCCAAGCAGAGAUAUGACUGGGACAGGCUAUAUGACGAUGCGUCCCUCUGAGAAAGAGAGGUGCACACAGUCAGAUGACAUAGAUGAGCUGUCUCUUGAUGCUGAAGAUCUCCUCAGCUUUUCCUACCAGGUGGCCAAAGGAAUGGAGUACAUCACAUCUAAGAACUGCAUCCACAGGGAUCUUGCAGCCAGAAACAUUCUGCUGACUCACGGCAGGGUGGCAAAGAUCUGUGACUUUGGGUUGGCACGAGACAUCACGACUGAUGCCAGCUACGUGCUCCGGGGCAAUGCUCGUCUGCCUGUCAAGUGGAUGUCUCCUGAGAGUAUUUUCGACUGUGUCUACACCUAUGAAAGUGACGUGUGGUCCUACGGCAUCCUGCUCUGGGAAAUCUUCUCUCUGGGUAAUAGUCCAUACCCUGGGAUGCAGGUUGGCUCAGCAUUUUAUAAGAUGAUUCAGGAGGGCCACAGGAUGAACAGGCCUGAAUUUGCUCCUGUUGAGAUGUAUGAUAUGAUGCUGUCCUGCUGGAAUCAUGAUCCUAUGAAGAGGCCAUCCUUCAGGAAACUGGUGGAGAGGACGGAACUGCUGUUGUCAGAAAACACUAAAAAUGAGUACCUGAUGCUGAGCACCAACUCUGGUCAACCAGAGCAGCAGAGGGCGCCAUCACGAAGGCUGAGCUCAGUUUGCAGCACGACAGCACCCACCCAGCCUUUACUGCAAAACACUGUUGAUGUCUUCCAAGACUACAUCUGA